CCACCGCCUCCUACUGCGGGCGCCGGGGGCGGAGGCUGCCAGCCCAUUAUAAAAAGCAACCGAGGCCAGCGGCGAGUGACUUCUGGAAGCUGCGACACGGCCCAGCCUCCUGGCCCGCCGAAUUCCUGCACUCCAGCCAUGGCUCCCUCGCCGCUCGCGUGGCUGCUGAGUCUGGCCGCGUUCUUCCAUCUGUUCACUCAGCUGGCGGGUCAGCACCUCGGCAUGGCGAAAUGUAAUAUUACGUGCAACAAGAUGACCUCUCCAAUCCCACUGACGCGGCUCAUCCACUACCGGCCGAACCAGGAAUCCUGCGGCAAGCGCGCCAUUGUCCUGGAGACGAGACAGCACAGACACUUCUGUGCUGACCCAAAGGAGAAAUGGGUCCAAGACGCCAUGAAGCAUCUGGACCAGCAGGCCGCUGCCCUGACUAAAAAUGGUGGCAAGUUCGAGAAGCGAGUGGACAAUGUGACACCUGGGAUCACCUCGGCCACCAGGGGACUGUCCCCAUCUGCCCUGGUGAAGCCUGAAUCAGCCACAUUGGAAGACCUUGCUCUGGAGCCCACUACUAUUUCCCAGGAGGCCCGGAGGCCCAUGGGGACUUCCCAAGAGCCACCAGCAACAGUGACUGGAUCAUCUCCCUCAACUUCCGAGGCUCAGGAUACAGGGCUUACCACCAAGCCUCAGAGCACUGGAAGUUUUGAGGCGGCUGCCAUCUCUACCACCCUUUGGCCGAGUUCUGCUGUCCACCAAUCUGGAUCUAACCACUGGGCUGAGGAAAGAGCUACUGAGUCCCCCUCCACUACAGCCCUGUCUCCUCAGGUGUCCACCACUUCACAGUCAACCCCAGAGGAGAGUGUUGGGUCUGAAGGCCAGCCCCCAUGGGUCCAGGGACAGGACCCCAGUCCAGAGAAGUCUCUAGGGUCUGAGGAGAUAAACCCAGUUCAUACUGAUAUUUUCCAGGACAGGGGCCCCGGCAGCACAAUACGCCCCUCAGUGGCUCCCAUCUCCUCUGAAGAGACCUCCAGCCCAGAGCUGGUGGCCUCGGGCAGCCAGGCUCCUAAGGUAGAGGAGCCCAUUCACGCCACGGCAGAUCCCCAGAAACUGAGUGUGCUAAUCACUCCUGUCCCUGAUUCCCAGGCAGCCACCCGGAGGCAGGCAGUGGGGCUACUGGCCUUUCUUGGUCUACUCUUCUGUCUGGGGGUGGCCAUGUUUGCUUACCAGAGCCUCCAAGGCUGUCCCCGCAAAAUGGCGGGGGAGAUGGUAGAAGGCCUCCGCUACGUCCCCCGUAGCUGUGGCAGUAACUCAUACGUCCUGGUCCCAGUGUGAGCUGCCUGCCUGCCUGCCUGUGUCCAGAGUGUGAUUCAGACAGCUGUCUGGGGACCCCCAUCCUCAUACCCACCUUCAUCCACGCUGUGGAAAAUGGGAAUGGAGAAACUGGAUCCUCCAGGGGCCAUGUGCUCCAACCCCCGAGGGGUGGCCCUGGAGGCCACCCUAGACCAAUAUUCACUUACCAGAGACAGAGCAGGUGACAUUUCCAGCUCCCCUAUAUUUGAAAGAAUCCUCUGCUGCUGGCUGGUCAGAGGGGCCCUUGACAUCCCAACUCGAGUGAACAAUUAUUUAUUGGAUUCCCAGUCCCUGCGACACCUGUUUCCUGUGCGCACCGUGGUCCAUCCAUCUCACAAGCAGCAGGCCAGGCUUAUCUGCCUGUCCCCCUGACCUCCUUGUGUCUCCUGGCUUUGCUGCAGUCUCCAGCUCCUUCUCCUCCCCGGCCAGCUGCGGUGCUAUCUGCCCUAUGGUCUCCCUAUCCCCUGUACAGAGUGCACCACCUAUCACCACCAACACCGCGUUGUGUCUUUUCUUGCAUGAGGUUAAUGCUGUGUCUUCUGGAGCUCUCUGGGAAGGGAGACGAGCUUGCGCAAGGGUUUAAAGUGUUCCACCCCAGACUUGGAUGUGCUGUGAAGGCAUGCUGUGUCUGAAGGAAGGUCCCCACUCGGCUACCCGGCACAACAAAGUGCCCCACCUGUAAAAGAAAAGAAACGUGGCCCAGAGCUGGCAAUAACCUAUGGCCCUGACAUCAUCACUUUCUCUGAGAUCUUUGUCCCCAUCCCUGGAUGCAACCCCCAGCCCUUAUCAACACUAAUAGUCACUGCCAUUCCACUGGACCACUGCUUUUGUACCCUGAGACUGAGGGCUGGCAAGGGGUGGCUUGAGAGUGCAGAUCCCACCUUGUAGACCCCCAAAUGGAGGCUGGGUUGGGAACUUGCAGGAACAGAGGCCAACUCAGAAGGCUCCCCUGUGUUCUCACUAGGCACCCCCCCCCAUGCACCAAGGUGACAGUCACAGGUCUGAAGAACAAGCCACAGAAGGAAGAUUAGGACAAGCCCCUGAGAAGUAGAGAACCCAGGGUAAACCCCUGGAGUGACCACACACCCAGUUUCAGUUUAGGGACUUGUGUAUGUGUGUACUUGCACAGUCCAGAUCAUUCAGAGGCUGCCACGGUCCUUUCCUAUAUCUGAGAGCACUGUUCACGCCAAGAGCUCACCUUUGCCCCGCUGCAGGCAGGGCCAGAACUCCCAUAACAUUCUCCAAGAGCCCUGUGAAGUUUUCUAGAAGGGACUCUGCCCUGGGCACAAAGUGACUUCUGAAGUGUGGGGCAGAGGGGAGGAGCAGCUGAGCAGCACCCCAGCGGGAGCUGAACCUGCAGGCCACGCCCCUCGGGGGGGCCCUCGGUGGCAACUCUCCCCACCCUGAUCUGAAUAGCUCUUCGGAGCCUCCCAGAAUGACUCACUCCUUGAUAGGUGGAAUCUUAGAACAGUUGGCUCUGUCCCAGAGUGAGGAAGCCAGCCCCAUGGUGACCCUCCUCCUGGGAAGCUUGUGGGAAGUGCUGGUCUGGCUCCACAGUACUAGUUGUAAGCCUGACUGAACAGCAGCCCGAGUGCACUAUAUCCUGGCUCCUUUGGUGGGGAGCCUUCAAGGGUUGGGACACCCAUUGUCGGACUUUGUUGGUUCCUUCCUCCCCCAGCAGAAUGUGGGCCAGAACAAUCUGAGGAGGACUUUGGAAGGAGUUGGUUGAUCCUUUAGUUGUUUUUCAAGCAUCAUUAUCAAUGUCUGUGCCAUUUUGUAUUUUACUAAUAAAAUUUUAAAGUCUUGUGAAU